UAAAUGUCGAAGACGAAGACAAUGAUGAUCCAAAAGACAAUGUCGAAGACAAAGACAAUGAUGAUCCAAAAGACGUUCAAAAGCUACUAGCAAAUGUAACAGAGAUAUUUGAUGAAGAAAAUUUGAAAAAACAUUAUAAUAAAGCUUAUGAUUAUGAUGAAGAAAUUGAAAAACUUAUUAAAUCAAAAAAUGAAAAGAAAAUUCUUGACUAUUUUAAGAAAUGCUUUAAACCGUGCAAAGACUACGUGAUGAAUAAAGGUUCUAAACAGUCCAUACAGUACAUGGAUAUUAAAGAAAUGAUUAAAAUCGCUGUUUUAAUUCCACGCCUUGUUGAGGAAUCUUACGAUAGUGUAGUAGCUGAGAUAAUGUGGCAGCUUACCUACGUUAAAGUUCCGGUAGAUUCUGAUAAUGACAAAUGGAUGCAAAAAUUAACUACAUUGUUGUUUCCAAGUAAAUUAAGUCCCUUUGCCAAACUCAUAGUUUUAAAUCCCAGUGAGUUAUUAUCUUCUAAAGAAUCCUACAGAGAAAUAUAUAGGUCACCACCUUUUCGAGCCAUUGUUAAGUUCAA